ACUGGUUUUUCACUAGGCACCCGCUUUCAGUUCCCAAAAAAAUGUGUGACGACGAGGUUGCCGCUCUUGUGGUGGACAAUGGAUCCGGAAUGUGCAAGGCCGGAUUCGCCGGAGACGAUGCUCCACGCGCUGUCUUCCCAUCCAUCGUUGGACGCCCAAGACAUCAAGGUGUGAUGGUCGGUAUGGGACAGAAGGACUCCUACGUCGGAGACGAAGCCCAGUCCAAGAGAGGUAUCCUUACCCUCAAGUACCCAAUUGAGCACGGAAUCGUCACCAACUGGGACGAUAUGGAGAAGAUCUGGCAUCACACCUUCUACAACGAGCUCCGUGUUGCCCCAGAAGAGCAUCCAGUCCUCCUCACUGAGGCUCCACUCAAUCCAAAGGCCAACAGAGAAAAGAUGACCCAAAUCAUGUUCGAGACCUUCAACACCCCAGCCAUGUACGUCGCCAUCCAGGCCGUGCUCUCCCUCUACGCUUCCGGACGUACCACCGGAGUCGUCCUCGACUCUGGAGAUGGUGUCACCCACACCGUCCCAAUCUACGAAGGAUAUGCCCUCCCACACGCCAUCCUCCGUCUCGAUCUUGCCGGACGUGAUCUUACUGACUACCUCAUGAAGAUCCUCACUGAGCGCGGUUACUCCUUCACCACCACCGCUGAACGCGAGAUUGUCCGUGACAUCAAGGAGAAGCUCUGCUAUGUCGCCCUCGACUUCGAGCAAGAAAUGGCCACCGCUGCCUCCUCAUCUUCCCUCGAGAAGUCCUACGAACUUCCUGACGGACAGGUCAUCACCGUUGGAAACGAGCGUUUCCGUUGCCCAGAGGCUCUCUUCCAGCCAUCCUUCUUGGGUAUGGAGUCUGCCGGAAUCCACGAGACUUCUUACAACUCCAUCAUGAAGUGCGACAUUGAUAUCCGUAAGGACUUGUACGCCAACACCGUCCUUUCCGGAGGAACCACCAUGUACCCAGGAAUCGCCGAUCGUAUGCAGAAGGAAAUCACCGCUCUUGCCCCAUCCACCAUGAAGAUCAAGAUCAUCGCCCCACCAGAGCGCAAGUACUCCGUCUGGAUCGGAGGAUCCAUCCUCGCCUCCCUCUCCACCUUCCAACAGAUGUGGAUCUCCAAGCAAGAGUACGACGAGUCCGGCCCAUCGAUUGUCCACCGCAAGUGCUUCUAAAUUUUUUGCCCCUUCCACCCACAACGCUCAAAAGAAGUUCGUAUUAUCCCGCAACCCAUCCAGACCAUCCUUUUACAUUUUUUUUAUUUUCUCUUUUUUUUUUCUUCACCCUCUCCGUGUACAUUGCUAGUAAUAGUUCCAACUUCUCUAGCCGACUGCAUUAUGCUUCCCAUUCUCACCCAAAUCUUCAUUGGUAACUUCUCUUGUAUUUGUUCAAUACUAUUCCGGUAGUAAUCUAGGCAUGUAUAACUAGGUUCUCUGUGUAUCUUUGGUUUGAAGUUGAGGUUUAAUGCAAUCACUUUUGUUGUUGUACCCUAUUACUGCCGAUGACCCCCAUUUUCUCAUUACAAAAUUGACAUUUUAAACCAUUUUUUCUCUGAAUCAUGCUCAUUAUUUGAGCCACAUUCAUAAUAAAGCUUUUAAUAAGAC